GGAGGACCGAAGGAGGAGUCCACAAUUGGUAGUCCUCCACGUUAUCGUCAGUGAUGAUGGAAGCAAGCAAGCCUCUUCUAUUAAUUAAGCUACUGUAGUUGUUCCGGUAUAUAUUGCCUUGCCGGCCGACGUACGAGAAGAGAACUGUACGGCAGCCAUGGCUCUACCACCUUCCAAUCCUCCUCGCCUCAGCGUCCUGGAGACCACCCUCGUUGCGCCCUCGUCCACCGGCCCAGGCCCAGACCCGCCGGCGGAGUGCUCCCUUCCGCUCACCUUCUUCGACGUCUUCUGGCUCAACUCCCCGCCCGUCGAGCGCGUCUUCCUCUACCGCCUCGCUCCGGACGACAACAUCCUGUCCAACCUUAAAACCUCGCUCUCCCAAGCGAUCCGCGCCUUCUACCCGCUCGCCGGCCGCCUCCGCGCCACAGCCAACGGCCGUUACGAGCUACACUACCAGCCGGGAGACGGCGUCAGCUUCACGGUCGCCGAGUACGAUCUCGGCGUCGACGAGCUCUCCACCGACGACCCGAGGGAAGUCUCCAAGAUCGCCCCGCUCGUGCCUUCUCUGAUCCCCAAAGACAAGGCCGGCAAUGGGGCGCCGGUGCUCGCAGUGCAGGCCACCGUGCUCCACGGCGGCCAGGGACUCGCCAUCGGCGUCGCCCUGCACCACGCCGCAUGCGACGGCGCGUCCUCCACGCGCUUCCUCCACACGUGGGCCGCCGCGGCACGCAGCAGUGCCGAGAACGCGCCGCGGCCGGCGCCUCCUGUGGUUGACAGGACGCUCAUGCCGGACCCGAGGGGCCUCUACGACCACUUCGCCAAAGCCCUGCCGACCGCAGACGAGAUGGAGUACGUCAAGAUGUGCCCCGACCAGCUGCUCGCCACGUUCACGCUCUCCGUGGCCGACACGCAGCGCGUCAAGGACGCGGUCGCCGCCGAGGCCACGCGCCGCGGCGUGAAGCCCCCGCCGCGGUGCUCUUCGCUCGUCGCCGCCUUCGGCUUCAUCUGGUCGUGCUACCAGCGAGCCAAAGACGCUGAUGCCGACCAGACAACGCCGACCUACCUGCUGUUCCCGGUGGACCACCGGUCACGGAUGAAGCCUCCGCUCCCGGAGGACUACUUUGGGAACUGCGUGGGCGCUGCCCUGCACGGGGCGCCCAUGGGCGAGCUCGGGGAAGCCGGCGCCGGGGGGCUCCACACCGCCUGCGCCGCCGUGGCCGCGGCGAUCGACCAAGCCCUGAGCGGCAUCGGCACGCCGGAAAUGGACUCGUGGAUGGAGCAGAUCAGGGAGGCUGGGGCGUCCGGCGGUGGGGUGCUGUCUGUGGCCGGGUCGCCCAGGUUUAAAGUGUAUGAGAUGGACUUUGGGUUCGGGCGGCCGGUUAAGGUGGAGAUCGUGUCCGUGGCCAGGACCGGCGCCAUGGCCGUGGCGGAGAGCCGGAGAUGCGCCGGCGGCAUCGAGGUCGGCAUCUCUCUGCCGCCCGCUGCCAUGCACAGGUUCCGGAACUGCUUCCACGAUGCCAUUGCGUGGCUUCAGGACCAUUAAAAAAAUGAUCGAGAAUUCGAGACCGGACUGAUGCCUACUUUGACCGCCUCGAUGUGCUAUUCCGUAUGGACCGUAUCGACUGGACGGAAUUAAGAUAGAUGUUGUUGUAGCUAGCAUGACAAUGACUAUACGUACGUUGUUCAUCGUAUGGUUUGAGGUAUAAUAAAGUGCAUCGGCAUACCGUGAAGUCUAUUGUAUAUACCGGUGACAUUAGAAAAACUGCUCUCACCGGCAUACCUACUUACUGUAGUAUCGCUGAUGUCAUUAACGCCGAUGUGUCAAGUUAGUCUUAAAUUUCAAAAUUACAAAGCUAUUUAAAUUUAAUUUUUUA